GCCGACUGCGAUCACAACCACAGCGACACAAUGAUCGUGUCAUUAGAUUAGACAGUCAUGUUCGUCAUGUUGGCAAAGUGCGGAUAAAACCGCAAAGGCGAACAAAAGCGCCGUAAAUAUUUUUCGAGACAUUUUUUAAACCGGGGUCGAAGUGCUCGUGGUGACAUUAUCAACAUGGAGGGUCAUCAGGUACAGGCCUUGUAUGACUUUACCGGUGAACCAGGUACUGCGGAACUGUCUAUUAAUGCUGGUGAAGUAUUAACGGUCAUCAGAGAUAAUGUUGGCGAUGGAUGGUGUGAAGGGGUUAAUCAAAAUGGAAAGUCUGGUCUCUUUCCAGCUGCUUACGUGCAGCUUGCCGAAACUACCGCACCUGUUCCUAUGACAGGUAGCACAACUUCUCAACAGGGCACAGAUUAUUGGGAUGAUGAUUGGGACGAUGAUUCUGAAGCAGGCCAUGAUACUCCAGCAUAUGCACCUUCCACAAACCACCAGCAACCUUCUGUGCAACAUAACGCAAUACAGCCCGCAUAUGCCGAUUAUUCAGACACGGUAUCCACGCAUACGGUGCAUUCCGUGUUAUCGGAGAGACCAAUUUCUAACGUUCCUAAAAAAAAUACAAAAUUCUCUACCUUGAUAAAGUCUGGGGAAGACAGCUUUCUGAUGGGAACCAAAAUAGUUGUACCAGAAAAUGAAAGAGUAUUUAUUGAAGAAACUGAAGAAGGAAGGUCCGUGUGGGUUCCUUCAAGUGACAGUUACAAGUGUGUCAUCACAUCCCCUAAGAAAGAAUCCAAACUCAAGGGACUGAAAAGUUUCAUUGUGUAUCAAUUAACACCUACAUUCAAUAAUAUCCAAGUCUCAAGACGAUACAAGCACUUCGAUUGGCUCCAUGAGAGAUUAGAGGAGAAGUUUUGUUUUAUUCCCAUACCACCCUUGCCCGAUAAGCAAAUAUCCGGUCGAUACGAGGAGCAAUUUAUAGAGCACAGGCGUACACAGCUGCAGGAAUUUGUCGAUUAUGUCUGCAGACACCCAGUUUUAUGUAGAAGUCGCGUAUGGGAACACUUUAUGACUUGCACGGAUGAGAAGAGAUGGAAAGCUGGAAAAAGACAGGCAGAGAAAGACGAGUUGCUGGGCGUAAAUUGUUUUAAUAUUCUUCAGUGUCCUGAUGGUGCUUUAGAUCCAGUGAAAGUAGACAUAGACAAUGACGGGUUUGCCAAAUUUAUCAACGGACUUGAUCCAGUUGUCAAAAACUUCAUGGCGAUGGCAGUUGACCAAAGUAAAAAACACCAAGUCCUUUAUAAGAGGGAAUUUCAAAAAAUUGGGCAAAGCUUCACCUCGCUAGGGAUUGCACUAGAUGCAGAUGACCAUGGUACAGGAAAUUUAAACGCUGCUUUGAAAUUAACCGGAGAGGCGUACAAUGAUAUUGGAAAAUUAUACGAAGAUCAGCCUAAAUUCGACUGGGAACCAUUGGCUGACAAAUUUCAUAUUUACAGAGGAAUAAUCAGUAACUUCCCAGACGUUAUAAGUAUACACAAGAGCGCAGUACAAAAACGAAAAGAUUCGGAGAGGCUUGUCAGUGAGCAUAAAAUGGAACCACAGCAAUUACGAGAACUUUCGCGCAGAACUGACGUAAUAGCCCGUGCUCUGAUAGCGGAGGAGAUGCAUUUCCAAAUGGAACGUGAGGUCCAUAUAAAACAGGCGAUGAAAAGUCAUCUUGCUGAGCAAAUAACUUUUUAUCAGAAGAUAGUCAACAAACUUCAAGAUGCUUUGAACGGUUAUGACGGUUGAAUGCCUCGCCAAAAUAGGGCUGAAUAUAAUCAGUGACAUUGCUAUUUGAGGCCUAAUGCUUCCUGAUAACACUAAAAAUUAUCUCAACCCACCCUACGUCAUUGUCACUUACCUGGAUUGGUAUUGUCGUGGACUAUGACAUCGGUUCGUCUUGCGUGGAAUUAACAAUAAGUGGACAUUGAAUCUUCCAAUCUAUUUUCCAGACAUUGAACAAGCGGCUGAAGACCUAAAAUCUUGAAGUUUAAAAAAUCCCCCCCCCCAACUGUUAAUAUUCAUAUGAUCUUUAUUUUACCCUCUUAUACAUUUACAUCGAAGCAGAUCAAGAGCCACUGCGUAUCACUCUACAGUAUGUAAAUAUAUUUAGCUAAAUCUACACUAUUAUCUUUACUAGAUCCCCGAAGAAUGAUCUAUAUCACAGUGAUAUGCAUUCAAUAAUGCGCAUUAAAUUGAUCGCGUUUAUUUGGAAAAUACGUUAUCCUGUAUCAACGAAAAAUCGGACAAUGAAUUAUUUGUAUAAACCGCAACUAGUUUGUCCAAUUAUUCAGGCAAUAGUCACUUUGCAAAUGAACACGGGUUGACCAAAUUUUUUUCUUUCGUUUAUCACAAUUGUAUUAUUACACACUUUGAACGACUAUAUUUACAAAGAACGAUCAUUGUUAAACUUUGCACACGUCUAUGGUAUUAUUCAACAAAGUUAAAGAGUCACCCCAAGUUGUUUGAAAUUGGCUGGGUGAACCUGCUAACUUUGUUCACUGGUACGGAGUAUGUGUAUAAACAUAUAUUAUAUAUUACACAAAUAUUAUCUCUAUAUUUAUAUGUACAAAUGUGUUUUAUUCAUUUGUUCUUAUUUAACAUAAAAAAAGUUUAAAUCGACGUUAACUCAAAGAAUAUUCCUAUGCUCGAAAAUAUUACUCACGCUGGUACCUGGGGUAAAAAUCCAAUGGCACUUGUUUAAAAUUUCUGGAAUUGUGGUGUUUGCAUAUUCUUCUAGUUCCAGAUUUGUUAAUUCUGUAUAAUAACAAUGUCGGAAAGUUUUGUCCGACUGUUAUAGUGAAAAUCACAAGUGGAAUAGAAAACUAGUGGUGAUAACUUCCAGAUCGUGUGAUUUGAUGUUCUGAAAAAAUGUACAAAUUUGCGAUGGUAGAUAAAUCCAGCAGAAUAGUUGUGUAGAAUUAUUUUUUGUACAUUUCUCAAAAAUGGCGGUCUCAUUUGACCGUGCGAUUUAAACACUGUUCUCGUUUUCCUGAUGUAUAAGCUGUGCUGCAUUUCUUGAUUCUAACUUCAACAUUGAUCAUUGUUAGAAUCAUAUGUUAUAUCAGAGCCUACAAAUCGAACUGGUAUGCUCUGUAACCGAAUUAUGAAACAUAUCCAGUGUGAAAACUCUACAAGUUUCAUGUACUGGUGAAUUAGUUCAUUAAUUUAGUUAAUUAUGCUCCAUAGCUAACACAAAGUUGAUUUAGUCAACUAAGUCAAAAUAAUCAAUCAAUCCAUAACCGUGUAUCAUGUAAAUACCUUAUGCUGUGUUUUUUAAUCCUAUUGAGUGGCAUGUUCUGUUUUCAAAGCAAAUUGAACAUCUUCGGGCAUCAUUUCAACUUUGAAUCCUAAAUAUCUCAUUGUCGAGAACAGCACCGUCAACAACGAUAAUUUACAGACGUUAUGACCGAUACAAAAACUUACCUAAGGCCAGUAGCUCAAGUUGUUCACCGAGUUAGAUCACAUGAAAAAUCACAUCAGCUUCCUGCUUGAUUAUCAGUAAAGUUCUGAAAAUAAAUAAUCAUUGUGAAUCUUUAUCUUAGCAAUAAUCAAUGUGCAUUCAGCUUUUGUCACGAAAUGAACAGUUAUUUAUGGACUCAUAGUUAUUGCGUUGAAAAAUCCAAGAUGCUAUCGUAAAUAAUAGUUUAUUUCAAUGUACCAAUAGUCAACGAACAAUCGAUCGUGGUAAUUACGUCGAAAAUAACAAAAUGAGAAUUCAGGAAUACUCCACUAAUGAACAAUUAAUGCUAAGUUGCCUUGACGGUUGCUGGUCUGCUAAUUACAUAUCAAUAACAAUAAUACAAUAACUCAUAAGGUGAAAUUGAAAUGAUAUUACAUUGCGGGUAUUGUUGCGGUUCUGUUUUCGUGUUGAAAUUGAAUCAAGUUGCCAGAUACCAGGUGUAACUUCACAUGCGCGUCAUCGUGGGCAAUCUAAUAUCAUUUGAACUUUGUAAAAACAAUGUCUAUACUAACUUACAAAAAGUUGCAAUUAUUUAUCUCUAUAGUCAAAGGUUUUUCUUAAUUUUCAGCCCCGCCUCAACACAUUCAUUUACUUACGCAUAUCUAACGCACUGUGAGGGAUCAGAGAGAAUUUUAUGACCAAACAAAAAUGUACAGAACCAACAACACGAACGCCCAAAUCACUGAAAUUUUAUUCGAACAAGGGAUCUAGUCGAUGUAUCCGAAUAAAGAUUUUAAUAAGUAUAAA